UCUUGUCUCUCUCUCUCUCUCUCUCUCUCUCUCUCUCUCUCCCUCCUCACCCUCAAUCCUGUUUUCCUGAGACUAGUUAAGCUCCGCUAUAUCUCCCCCAAUUCUACUGUUUAGCUCUUCUCUCUCAAGCUGAGCGUCCCCAAAGCCUAGGUAGAGACGAUGAGGCCAUUGGGAGCUCACAUCUUGGGAAUCUUUGCUUCAGGACAUCUGUAUUAUCUAUUGGAGUUUGUGGAUUUGGGAAAUUUGAUCCGAUCAUUGAUAUUUAGGUGUUGGAUAUGGUGGAUUGAAGAAGAGAGUAAUGGACAGGGUAAGCAAGAUGGUGUUGCUUUGAUUUUUGUGCGUUUUAGUUGGAUGCUUUGAAGACAAUCAAGUUUUAGCAGGAGGAUGAGCGUGUGCCCCAGCACUGUUCAUUCUAAAGAUCUCUCUUUUGAAGGAAAUGCAGCAUGCCAACAUUGUCAGGACCAUACUCAGUUGAAAUUUUUCUCUGAACCUGAUGGCUCUAUAAUGGGAAAUGGCUGUUAUUAAUCAUCCACAUUAGUUCCUGGGUAUGCCUAAUAAUAUGCCAUCUAAGUGAGUUCAAUUUUGGAGUGGAUCAGAAGCAUUCUAUGUCAAUUCACCUUCCAAAGAUAAGCUUCCAUAGAAUGCUCCUACUGGAUCUACAUCAGCUGUUUUGAUUUCUUCUGGUUCAUUGUCUCUUGGCGCUAAGAAUGAUAACCAAAAUAAAUGCUUAACAUUUAACAUAUCCAAUUUCUUUUAUUAUUCCACCUGCAAAGGUCAUUUCCUUUUUUCUAAAUCUUGUUUCUUUCUUGUAUGAACUCUUUUAUUUAUUGUGAAUCUUCAUCAUUAUGACUUCUUAACAGUUACACUGUCUAAUGCUUGGUGUAUAUAUGGGUUAUACCUUUGAAAGCUCAUACUUAGGAUUUAUCAUGGUUUUUUUUGUUUUGUCUGCAAACUGAAGAGGAUAAAGGGAAGAUCAGUUCUAUUGUCAAUAAAAGUAUUUCUGAGUGUUUGGAAGAAGAGGUAACCUAAUCAGAAAUAGACGAAUAAUGGUGCACCACUAUUUUUCUAUGAACCAAUAUCAAGAAUGCUCCUGUGCUUUGUUUAGCAUUCUUCACAAUUUUAUUCUAGUCUUUGUGGUUUAGGAUAUCUGUGUUAUGUUGGAAAUAUUUUUUGUUACAGAAGUCAUUUUUUUAUCAAACCAGAUAAGAGAGACAAAAAUAAAGAUUUGUUCUAACUUGAAACAAGGAGCUGAAGAAAACCAAGACAGCAUGGAAAGAAUUUCUGGGUGUUUUAAGUUGAUAUUCCUUUGCUCAAUCAGACAUAAUGAUGCUUGGGGGUUCAAUUUGGAACUAAAGAAUGGAAUUUUUUUUGGCAUUUGUUUCUGGUGUGAACUCAGAUGGAUGGAUGUUCUAAGGUUGCUAAAAUUUUGGAUGUCUUGGUUUCUGGAUGUGCUGCAGAUGACAAGAUUAAUCUUAACCAAAAGAGGAAGGAUAUAACAUUGGGAAAAAUGAAAGAUACAUCAUGCCGUGAUGGCCAAAGAUUGGCUACAAUGCCACCAAAAGUUGUUAAAACAUGUUUUGUGGAGCUCUCUGCCGAAGAACGUAAAUGCUAUGACGAAAUGGAGAGACAAUCACAAAUCAUCAUUAAAUCGUUUGUUGUUGAAGGCACCUUGCGCCACAACUAUCAGAUUGCUCUUUCUUUCAUAUCACAACUGCGGCAGAUUUGUAAUCAUCCAGCAUUAUGCUCAAAAAGCUCAUCUCGUCUCCUGGCCAGUAAUAUUGAAGAAUAUGUCUCAAAGAAGAUGGAAUUAAUAAGGAAAUAUCGUUCGGUGAUUAAAGAUGAAGAUGACUUUGAUUGCCCAAUAUGUCUGUGUCAGCCUGAGAAAAUUGUUCGGACACACUGUAAUCAUGUUUUCUGCGAAAGCUGCAUUUUAAAAAUUGUGAAAGAAGAGCGUUUUCUCUUUCCAAUCUAUACUCCCUGUCCAAUCUGUCGGCGUCCAUUAUCUAGAUCACGGGUUUACGAUGUUCCACAACCAACAGUGAAAGAGGAUGAUUUGAAAAAACUGAUCAAUUCCAAUGUUGAGGAUGAUUUGCAAACGUUGAUCAAUUCCAAACCAAAUCUUUCCGCAAAAAUCAAGAAACUGUUGCAGCUCUUUAUGGCAUCCAAGGAAGCAAACCCUUCAAUAAAAUCAGUUGUAUUUUCUCAAUUUAGAAAGAUGCUGAUCUUGCUUGAGAAGCCACUAAAAGCUGCAGGUUUUAGAGUAUUGCAUUUGGAUGCCUCCAUGAGCAUAAAGAAGAAGACUGAAGUAAUUCAAGAGUUUGGAAAGAAUGGUUCUAAUUCAUCAACAAUACUACUUGCUACACUUAAAGCUGCUUGUGCUGGAAUAAAUCUCACAGCAGCGUCAAGAGUAUAUUUAAUAGAUCCCUGGUUGACCCCUUCUAUUGAGGAGCAAGCAAUUAGCCGGGUUCAUCGGCUUGGGCAGAAUGAGGAAGUGAGGGUCAUUAGACUUAUCGUGAAAAAUAGUAUUGAAGACAUGGUACUUCAACUCCAAGAGCAAAAGAAAAUAUUAGCCGGAGGCGCCACCCUAGUAGGAAGGAAGAAUUCUAAGUCACAGGCAAACAUGCGCUUGAAUGAGAUCUGCACCAUGAUGAGUCUGUGAGCUCCUCUCUCUUGU